AUGACUGACAAACCGCUGCAGGAAAAAAAGACUCGUUGUUCCACUGACAACAUUAAAAUUGCGCCAAUUUUCGUGCGCAGAAGACAGCAGAGUGAUGCAGAGCAGAACUCAGCGGUGAGUCUGGAGGAAGUUCGGGAAUCGAACCCUGCGUUUCUGCCUGCAGAAAACAUGUUUUGUCCAGUUUCCGUACAAACCUCACUCUUACACGAGAAGCGGAAACGAGGUAACAACAGGGCCGACAUUGCAUCCAAGCGUCUGAGGUGUAGUCUUGCUGCUGAGGGUUCACCCAGUACUGGUCAGUGUUCUCUGCCUGCACGAGACAACCAGAAGCCCAUCGCACCCAGAAUCAGCAGGCUGAGCCGCACACGCCGCCUGAAGCAGCAAAGUGGGAGCAAUGCCCUGCAGAGCAACUGUGAACCCAACUCUAAACAGACAAACCAAACCAAAUCUGACAUCCAGUCACUCACAUCGCCUUGCAGUCUCCAAAGAGAUUUUAGUUUUGAGGAUGUGCUCUGGACGGACAAGUACAGCCCUCAACGCUCGAGUGAGGUCAUCGGCAACUCCGCCUCAGUGACUCGGCUGCGGUGUUGGUUGAAGAAAUGGAAACAAAGAGUGGAUUGUGAGGAGAGGAGACGAAUAGAUGACCGAAAACGUGAAGAAAACGGUAACGACUCGUGGGACUGUGGAGACUUCCAGGGUGAGGCGGGCUCAGGUGAUGAGGAGCCGCUGUAUAACGCCAUGCUGAUUGUGGGUCCUCUCGGGGUCGGAAAGACGGCCUCAGUGUACGCCUGUGCUCAGGAGCUCGGCUUUAAGGUAUUCGAGGUGAACUGCUCCUCACAGCGCAGCGGGCGCAAUGUUUUGUCCAGUCUGAAGGAGGCGACACAGUCCCACCUAGUGGACACGUCAGAUAAAGACUCUCUGAAACCCGCUUACUUCAUCAACUACAACAUUGACAGCUGUCUAUCCAUAUCUGACAUUUCCCAUGGGAAAAUUAUGGCUCCGAAAAAAAUCUGUUCUUCAAGAAAAAGACCUGCACAGAAAGUUGUCCUCUGCAAUCGCAAAGGAAAGUCUGACGCAGCCACGAGGACUUUGACGAACUUCUUUAAGAUAAAGUCCAAAGCAGACCACCUGCACUUUAACGGCAUGACACCAUUGGAGGACGUGGACAAGAAGAAACCAUGCAGCCGGUCACCCGCCUGUGAGCGAGCAGCGGCACAGAGCAAAAAGACAACAUGUCUUAUACUGUUUGAGGAGGUUGACGUCAUAUUUAACGAUGAUGUUGGAUUCCUGGCAGCCGUUAAGACUCUGAUGACAACCACCAAAAGGCCGGUUGUUCUGACCACCAACGAUCCUGCAUUCAGAUGGCGGUUUAAUUGCAGUUUGGAAACCAUUAUUUUCAAAACACCAUCAGCUGAGAGUGUCUGCAGCUACCUGCAGCUGGUGUGUCUGACUGAGAGCGCGCAAGUGGAGUUGCAUGAAGUUAUCCGCCUCUUCAGAUUAUUCGGCGGUGAUAUUCGGCGCUGUUUGCUCCAGCUCCAGUUCUGGGUGCCUCACAGGGAAGAUCCGCUAAACAAAGUUCCCCGUGCACACAACAAAAAUAUUACAAAAGUUGAGGACUGUUUAGUUGCUCCAAGCUGCACUGCCACCAUGUUGGGCCUCCAUAACAUGACCCAGAACCAUCUGCUGAACCUUCUGAUGACUCCAUCCUGGACAGAAGAAGACAUGAAUAAUCUUCUGAAACCUCUUUCUGAGAGCUGGAGAAGAGGUGUGCCUCUUCUUUAUUCCAACCUGGAGCUCCUCCUGCCCACAGGAGCUGCACCCAGCAGUUUGGAUGCGACUCAUUCCGGGCUGCAGGAUGAGCCAGUGCGCUGUGGCGUCCAACAGCAGCUGCCUAAAAAUAUCAGAUCAAAGGCAUACGGUUCGGUGAGGAAAACCUCCAAGCUGAGCAGGAGAAGAGGCAGUUCAUCAUCUCCAACAUAUACCUCAAUAGAUUCAAAUGGCAAAGCUGCAGAGGGGAAUGUUGCCACCCGCUGGAUGUGUGCCUUGAGUGAUUUCUUUGAUCUGAUGUCCUAUGUUGACGUCUUAACGCUGCCUGCAGAAAUGCCCAUGUCAGGCCUCAGCAAUUCGGACAGGUUUUUAUGGACAGGAGUGGAGAUAAAGGACGGCUUUAUGGACGAGAUGACUGAGGAGGAAAGAAGCUGUAGCCUGCACAGGUGGGAGAUGCAGGCUGCUGUUGAAGGACUGGGGUGUCGUAGAUGCUGCUGGCAAGUGUCUGCAGCGUGGACCGAAGUUCAGAAAUGCAGGUGUGAAGGUGUGGAUGAUGAGUGGAACAGGCUGGUGAAGAAAUUAACAAUACCAGGUUCUGCCAGUAGGGAAAGACUCAACUUUACUGCUCGUCCUCCAUGUCCACCACAUGUGUGUCAGAAGAGGUUUGAUCUGAGUAAGUCAGUGGUUGGCUGUCAGGCCUUCAGUCUACUUGGGAACAAAAAGGCCGUUGCAGUUGACUACAUGCCCCUCCUUCGCUUUAUCUGUCACUCCCACAGACCGCAACAACAAAGACGGGAACCAAUCAGGUGUCGGAACUAUAUCAACAGAAUGCACCUUGGCCUCUCAAAAUCUACUUUUCAGCUCUUGACAGGAGACUUCUCAGAGGACUACCUGGAGGAUAACACCUGAUACUGUGAGACAAUAAUGGAAUAUAUUUGCUGUAAGAUGAGUAAAUAAACUAGUUUUGUAAG